AAGUGACUGCCAGGCAAGGGUAGAAGAUAGCAGACAACAAGAUUCUUAGCGAAAGGGGGUGUUGAACGUUUUCUUGACUUUACUCGAAUUUUAUAGAUCACGUAAAAUGUUAUCCACGAACUUUCUGAAGUAAUAUUAGGCUACAUGAGACGUUUAUUCGUCCUAACUUAAUUCCGUUUUGAUAUUGAAGUAGAUGUUUGAUUGCUCUGAUCUAGGGGCGCAUCAUUUGCAGCCUUGGGAAUCCUAUUUUCUCUCCGCAACUCCCUAGUCAUUAUCUCUACACUACAACAAAGUAGUCUAACUGUACUGGAGCCUACAACAUUUCAUUCCAUACAAAGAAACAAUAGCUUCCACAAUGGAUCGGGACAAAUCUAGUCCGUCCCCCUCCAUCCACCCUGAGUCCCCAGGUCGAUCGCCUCCCUGUACUUUACUGCUGGGUCUGGUCGACUGCAGGAAAACACCAGGGCAGAGUGGAACUAAGAAAGGAGAAGAGGAACAUGGAGAUUUAAUUUUAUUAAAGGACAGCUGUAAUUGUUGCUCUCUCAGUGGGAGGGGCUUAUCAUCUGGGGAGCCUCAACAACAUCAUGAUGCUGACAAGAAAGAGAAGAGUUUCUCCAGAUCAGAACACCUCAAGAAACACCAGCAUAGAGCUAUAGGGAAGAAACCUCACCACUGCUGCUCUGACUGUGGGAAGAGUUUUGCUAAAGAGAAGGAUUUGAUCAUUCAAAAACAGAUUCACACCGGAGAGAAACCAUACCACUGCUCGCAGUUUGGGAAGAGUUUCCCUGCAUCUAAAACCUUAAAAUCUCAUCAGAGAAUUCAUCCAGGGGAGAGACCUUACACCUGCUUUGACUGUGGGAAAUACUUAACUCAAUCAGGAGACCUGACUACACACCAGUGCAUACACACAGGAGAGAAGCCUUAUAGCUGUGAUCAGUGUGGUAAGAGCUUCAAUAAUUCAGGAGACCUGACUACACACCAGUCCAUACACACAGGAGAGAAGCCUUAUAGCUGUGAUCAGUGUGGGAAGAGCUUCAAUCAAUUAGUACACCUGACCACACACCAACACAUACACACAAGAGAGAAGCCUUAUAGCUGUGAUCAGUGUGGGAAAAGAUUCAAUAAUUCAGGAGCCCUGACUACACACAAACGCAUACACACAGGGGAGAAGCCUUAUAGCUGUGAUCAGUGUGGGAAGAGCUUCAAUCAUUCAGGAAACCUGACUAAACACCAACGCAUACACACAGGAGAGAAGCCUUAUAGCUGUGAUCAGUGUGGGAAGAAUUUCUCUACGUCUGGAUGCCUGACUACACACCACCGAGUACACAGAGGAGAGAAGCCUUAUAGCUGUGAUCAAUGUGGGAAGAGAUUCAAUAAUUCAGGAGCCCUGACUACACACAAACGCAUACACACAGGGGAAAAGCCUUAUAGCUGUGAUCAGUGUGGGAAGAGCUUCAAUCAUGCAAGAUCCCUGAUUAUACACCAACGCAUACACACAGGAGAGAAGCCUUAUAGCUGUGAUCUGUGUGGGAAGAGCUUCAAUUAUUCAGGAUCCCUGAUUAUGCACCAACGCAUACACACAGGAGAGAAGCCUUAUAGCUGUGAUCAGUGUGGGAAGAGCUUCAAUUAUUCAGGAUCCAUGAUUAUACACCAACGCAUACACACAGGAGAGAAGCCUUAUAGCUGUGAUCAGUGUGGGAAGAGCUUCAGUCAAUCAAGAGCCCUGACUACACACCAACACAUACACACAGGAGAGAAGCCUUAUAGCUGUGAUCAGUGUGGGAAGAGCUUCAAUCAAUCAGGAGCCCUGACUACACACCAACGCAUACACACAGGAGAGAAGCCUUAUAGUUGUGAUCAAUGUGGGAAGAGCUUCAGUCGAUCAGGAGACCUGAUUUCACACCAACACAUACACACAGGAGAGAAGCCUUAUAGCUGUGAUCAGUGUGGAAAGAGUUUUGUUCGAGAUUACAGUCUGACUAUACACCAACGCAUACACACAGGAGAGAAGCCUUAUAGCUGUGAUCAGUGUGGGAAGAGCUUCAAUCUUUCAGUACAGCUGAGUAGACACCAGCGCAUACACACAGGAGAGAAGCCUUAUAGCUGUGAUCAGUGUGGGAAGAGCUUCAAUCAUUCAGGAGCCCUGACUACACACCAACGCAUACACACAGGAGAGAAGCCUUAUAGCUGUGAUCAGUGUGGAAAGAGCUUCUAUCAUUCAGGAGCCCUGACUACACACCAACGCAUACACACAGGAGAGAAGCCUUAUAGCUGUGAUCAGUGUGGGAAGAGCUUCAAUCGUUCAGGAAACCUGACUACACACCAACGCAUACACACAGGAGAGAAGCCAUAUAGCUGUGAUCAGUGUGGGAAGAGCUUCAAUCAAUCAGGAAACCUGACUUCACACCAACGCAUACACACAAGAAAGAAGCCUUAUGGCUGUGAUCAGUGUGGGAAGAACUUCAAUCAAUCAGUAAAGCUGAGUAGACACCAACGCAUACACACAGGAGAGAAAUCUUACUCCUGUCUAUGUGGAAAGAACUUUGCUCAUUCCGGGUCACUGAAAAAACACCAGAAAUCACAUACAUGUUUUCUUUCAUCUCCCUCCUCUCCGCCACCGGUUCCAGAUUCCUAAAUAAAGUUUAAAUAGAAAACAACCUGUUAUCCAUCUCCCAUUCUCUAACAGUUAACUAAGUCUGAUUACCAUGGUAACCAGUGUAGCAUAAUAUGCAGCUCUAGAUCCAUAUGUAUCAAGCGUCUUUGAGUAGGAGUGCUGUGUGUGGUGGGGUGGGGGUGUUCAGAGCUGUAUCUUAUUUCAUUAACUCCUAUUAUCCAUUAAAUAAUGUAGAAUAAUGUUUCAACAAUAGUUGGUGCAUAUCCAUGUGUGAUGGAAAUGUUGUCUGAAGGGAGAGUCUUGAAUUGUACAUCUUGUCUCAUACAAUCAUUGGUUUCUGUAGGUGCUGGGUAGAUAUGAGGGGGAGAUGGUCAUGACCCCCUCAGAUUUUUUGGCAGAAGGCCCAGAAUAUGUUCUGUAAAUUAAGAUAGGAGACGGUGCCAGUCACAUGCAGGAACCAAACAUUAUUGAUGAAUAAUGAAAAAUGUAAAUCAUGCAAAUAUAACUUGUCUGUGUAAGCAGUAUAUAAGAGAACUUAACGGGACUGCCCCGAAAAAGCUCCUGACCGACGUGUACUGUAGUGCAUUAAGUUUGUUGGAACCGCUCUAGCUUGCUGACAAUAUAUCAUUAUUCAUUAAA